AUGCACCGGCGGAUCGUAGCACUGGGCGACAUCCACGGCGAUUACGAGCAUGCAACAUCGAUUCUUCGUGCAGCUGGGAUCCUCCAUGCAGAAAAUGACUCAUGGGCUGGUGGAUCGACCAUCUUCGUAAGUACCGGUGACACCGUCGACCGCGGUGACGAUACAAUCCGGCUGUACCGUCUCUUCCAAGACUUGCGCGAGCAAAGUCGUCGUGUGGGCGGCAAUGUCAUCAACGUACUGGGUAACCAUGAGAUGAUGAAUGCUAUGAUGGAUUGGCGCUAUGUGACGCCUGGAGAUAUGGCAUCAUUCGGCGGCCCGGUGGGACGUAGGCAAGCUAUGUCUUUGCAUGGAUGGCUUGGCAUGGAGUGGAUGCAACACUACAACGUUACGAUGAACGUUCCUUUGCUGCCGGAUCCUGUGGCGGUAUACUUUCCGACACAGCGAGCGUCUUUUGUCCAUGGCGGCAUCACGCCAGCCUUUGCGCAGAUCGGCGUCGAUGCCAUGAACAAAGAUGCACACUCGCUACUCACCAAGGCAUUGUCAGCGUACGAAGGAGACUCCAUCAAUAUUACCAAGUCUGAGGAAGCCCUCUGGCUGUCAGAUGGUCCAUUCUGGUACCGUGGUUACGCGCUUGAUCCGCAUCAACACGCAUGUGCCACGGCCAACAGAGCCAUUGACGCACUGGGCGUGUCAUCCCUUAUCAUGGGCCACACACCGCAUAUGAGCGGCAUUCAUGCACGUUGCGCUCAUGGCCAAAUCUUCAUCAUUGAUACAGGCAUGAGUCGCGCCUAUGGCGGCCGUCUUAGUGCACUGGAAAUCGACUCUUAUGCUGAGAAGCGCGGCUGGUUCACAUGGUGCAUGACAUCAACGUACUCUGCCGUGUAUGUGCCUGAAGGUCGACAAGUCUUGCAUCGCAUUCAGCGGUGUGUGUAG